UACAGUAGAAUUAUUUUUGCACCAAACAAAUAAAAUAGAGGUGAGUAACGAGUUGAGUUGACGAACGAGUUGCGAAGGAAGAAGAAGAAGCAGAAGAAGAUGAGCGAAACAAGGCCAGUUCCUCGGAGAGAGAGUCCAUGGGGGAUAACAGGAGAGAAUCACCCUGAACCUAAAGCUCAUCGAUGCAAUGAUCGCGUUGAAGAUGUUAUCCAGGCUUGCUUUGAGGGAAACCCAUUCAAGACUGUUCCAGGACCAUUCAAGCUCUUCUGGCAGUGCAUGCGUUCUAAACCUGGGUCAGUCCUCACUUCACUGCAUCUGAAGCCAUGAGCCACCAUAAUUCAUUGUGAAUUCAUCCUCUCCGAUCAUCACAUAAUUCCAAAGCAUAAUACAUAUUAUUAGCAUUUUUCAUAUAUCCCUCAUGCUUUUGUCCCUAUUCUGGUAAUCUCCUGGCAUUCUGCCAUUGUGCUUUGGUAUGUUUAUGUUGUGUUUCUUAGCUUCACUGAAUAUUACUCCUUGCCAUUAUAAGGAUCUAGUGUCAUUUUUUAUGUUACUUGAUGUUAGUUGGUUCUUUUAAUGUUUGUAGUUUGGGUGGUAUGAUUAAGAAACUUAAAGUUAAGGAGCUUAUUGUGUAUGAUUAAGAAACUUAAAGUUAAGGAGCUUAUUGUUUUCAAAUCCUUA